AUGUGUCCCCCAGUCAACGUUUACCAUGCGGACAAGGGCAUGUCCCAGCUCUGUGAGGCCUGGCUCUACCAGCUUGUCCACGAAGACCAGAUGAAGAUCUGCUUUGCUUGCUUCAAGGCAGGUUUUCUGUUAGUUGAAAACAUGCUUGAGAUAGGGCACUGGGAAGAGGAAGAGUGGGGUACUGAGCCCAUGGAAUUCUUGGAUGAAGAACCUGAGCCAGAGGAGUGCAUGGAGUUGGAACCUUCUUUGCUACAGAGCCAUGAAUGUUGUCCACAGACUGUCUCUGAACAUGGAAGGUUUGGGGCCCUGAUACCAAGCCCUGUAGCAAUGGAACCCCAGCCUAUGUCCACUGAGCUGGGGCCUCAGGAAGCUGUACCCCUGGACCUGGACCCCGAGGAUACUGAGUGGACCCAGGCCUUUCACUGGAGGUUAGAUAUCUUUCAUAACUGCCCCCAUGAGCUCAUCAUCCCUCCUAUGUCCUGGUGGGAUAUUUUCAAUGUAAGCCCAUCUCCUGGGCAACCUGUAUUGUUGGAGUUGAGCCCCAUCUGGCCCAUGGAUCCAUUGGAAGCAGAAGCCUGGCUGGUAAACCUGAAGUUCUUCUUCCUGUUGAAUAGCUUCGAUGCCAUCUGCUACCUGCUGUCAAUGAGUCCUCUCUGGGCUGUGAGGACCAGGAUCAAGCGCUGGCAGGUGUUGCUGGACCCUUGCAAUGUGAAGGUGGUCCAGCUACAGAAUGCACCUGAACAGCAGGACUUGAACCGCUGGAAGCUGAGCAUCCUGGAGUCCUCGGAGCUGGGGUUGGAGCUGGUGCCCGCUGACUGCAGCCUGCGGAAGGUAGGCUUCAAGGUGCACUCCUACCUGCCCUGGCACAAUAACACCCCAGAGGUCUGGAACAGGGAACCAGGGGAGAGGCUGCCUGUCAUAGAAGUUCCACCUCAUUUCCGACUUCAGUCACUUAGAUAUCCUUGA